CACGAGCACGCGAGUCACGAGUCGGCGCAAGCCGUGUUAUGCCAAAGCCUGAUGCCACAUACUCGCCCCUUUCUUUCCAAUUCUUCAUCUUUCUUCUUCCUUGCAGAGAAGACUACCCCAUCACCCACGGCGUAAGUUGGCUUCGACGCAAAGUCCCCACACCGAUCUAAUAUGCUCCACCCUCCCUUCUCCCAAACCAUGAUUCCCAAACCCCAUUUCCCCCUGUUUUGAUUCUCCCCUUGUUUUUGUUAUACAAAAUUUGAUACACAAUGAUGGGCUAUGAGAACGAAGAAACCCACCUCUACACAUCCCCGGAAGAUAUGGAGAGUCUCGUCCUCGACGACCCAUCCACCACCACCACCGCCGGCGGCGGAGAAUCUCCCCACCACCACCCCCUAUCCCCAUCAUCCCUCCCCCCCGUCGCUGAGAUCGCCACCGAUGAUGAUCCCCCACACUCUUCUCCAUCAUCGCCUUUUCAGCCUCAAAGCCCUAGCUUCGCUUUCAACUCCAUCCUCGAACCCCCUUCCUACGCCGACGCCAUCUUCAGAUCCUUCGACGGAGACCACACCAUCAACGGCGACAUCAACGGCCACGAUAGCUCCGGAGAACAUUCGUCUUCAUCGCCGUUAUCGAGGUCUGACUAUAUAAGGAUCUCCGUCUCCGAUCCCCAGAAAGAGCAAGAGCUCUCGAAUUCGCUUGUUCCUGGUUCCAACACCUACUAUACUUAUCUAAUCACCACGAGAACGAACUUGCCGCACUUCGGUGGAGCUGAAUUCAGCGUCCGGAGGCGAUUCAAAGAGGUCGUGACGUUGUCGGAUCGAUUAUCGGAGUCGUAUCGAGGGUUUUUCAUUCCGAUUAGGCCGGACAAGAGUGUGGUGGAGAGUCAAGUGAUGCAGAAGCAAGAUUUUGUGGAGCAGAGGAGGGAUGCAUUGGAGAAGUACUUGCGAAGACUCGCUGCUCAUCCGGUGAUCAAGCGGAGCGACGAAUUGAGAUUGUUUUUGCAGGUGGAAGGGAAGCUGCCAUUGGUGAGGUCCACUGAUGUGGCGUCGAGGAUGUUAGACGGGGCGGUGAAGCUUCCGCGGCAGCUUUUUGGGGAGUCUGUGGGAAUGGUGGAUCCGAAUGAGGUGGUGCAGCCGGCGAAAGGGGGAAGAGACUUGUUGAGGAUCCUUAAGGAGUUGAAGCAAUCAGUUACUAAUGAUUGGGGCGCGACCAAGCCUCCGAUGGUGGAGGAAGAUAAGGAGUUCUUGGAGAAGAGAGAGAAGUUGCAGGAUUUUGAGCAGCAGCUUAGUAAUGUGUCUCAGCAGGCUGAAUCACUUGUCAAAGCUCAGCAAGACAUUGGAGAGACAAUGGGGGAAUUGGGUUUGGCAUUUGUCAAAUUGACAAAGUUUGAGACAGAAGAAGCUGUGUAUAACUCUCAAAGAGAUAGAGCUUCUGACAUGAAAAAUGUCGCAACUGCCGCUGUGAAAGCUAGCAGAUUAUUUCGAGAAUUAAAUGCACAAACAGUCAAACAUUUGGCUAAGCUCCAUGAAUAUCUCGGUGUGAUGUUAGCUGUCAACAAUGCAUUUACGGACAGAUCAAGUGCUUUGCUGACAGUACAGACACUUUUAUCGGAGCUAUCUGCAUUGCAUUCAAAGAUUGAAAAGCUUGAAGCUGCUGCAUCGAAAAUAUUUGGUGGAGACAGGGCAAGAAUUCGCAAAAUAGAAGAGCUGAAAGCAACUGUUAGAGUCACUGAGGAUGCUAAAAGUUGUGCAGUCAGAGAAUAUGAACGGAUCAAGGACAACAAUAAGAAUGAGUUUGAAAGGCUAGACAAAGAUAUGCACAAUGACUUUUUGAGCAUGCUGAAAGGGUUUGCAGUUAAUCAGGCCGGAUAUGCAGAGAAGAUGGCAAAUGUGUGGGAAAUGGUUGCAGAAGAAACUAGUGGAUAUGCAAAAGAUAGUAGCUAGCUGAUGUCCCCUCUCCCUCCCUAGCUGUGAAUUAUUGUUGUUUCCAGUUUUUCCUGUCAUUUCCAUCCUUUGUAUUUCAUUUAUGUACACUAUAGUUUGAGUUAAGAAACACAACAUAGUUGACUUAGGGAAGCUUUAUCUGUUUGUUUGAGAUAGGUACACAAAUUGUAUAUUUUCAUUAUCUGAUUUUGAACAUUCACAUUCAUAAAGGCUUAAUUGACGACUUUUUCUUUUUUUGCA